AUGUCAGGGAACCCCGUUGCCGGCUCGCCGGCCACGGCUGGCGCCGCUGAUCCGAACCCGGCGCAGCGGAAUUACGGCUUCAGCGCGCGCGUCCUGAUGAUGGCCGCCCUCCUCCUUGUCGCGCUCACCGUCGUCUUCACCCUCAUCCGUGUCUUGCUGUAUCUGUGCGUGGUGCGGUCCGCCGGCCGCCGGCGCAACGGCCUGGCCGCCGGCAUCCUACGGUCCAUCAACUCGUUCGGCAGCCGCCGCGGGCUGGACGAGUCCGCUCUGUCCGCGCUGCCGGUCACCGCGUACCGGAAGGAGAGCGGCUCAACCGGCAGCGCGGGUGCUGACUGCGCCGUGUGCCUGUCGGAGUUCGCUGACGGGGAGAAGGUGCGGGAGCUGCCCAACUGCGGGCACGCGUUCCACGUUGAGUGCGUCGACGCGUGGCUGCGCACCAGGACGACGUGCCCUCUCUGCCGGACAGAGGCGGAGCUGCCCCAGGCCCAGGGGAACGGGAAGGCGGAAGCGGCAUCGUCGUCGGCCACGGAGCCGCCGGCGUUGUUGGGUGCAGGAGGAAUCUUGAUCGUGACUGUACAUGGUGUAGAAGAUACCCGGAGAGACGUGCCAGUACCGGGGCCAGGUGAACCUGGAUCUUCCUAUUCCUAG